AUGUCUAGAAGACUGAAAAAAACUAAUCUAUUUGCAAAAGACGUAAGCUCAUUAUUAUAUGCCUAUGGUGAUGUACCACACCCAUUAUCAGAAACAGUUCAAUGUUUAGAUGAACUUGUAUCAGCAUACUUAGUUGAUAUUUGCACUAUAGCUCAUGGGGUUGCCCAAAAUUCAUCAAGAAAUAAGCUCAAAUUGGAAGAUUUUAAAUUUUCAUUGCGGAAAGAUCCAGUCAAAUUAAGUAGAGCUGAAGAACUUAUUGCCACUAAUAAGCUUAUCAUUGAAGCCAAGAAACAGUUUAAUGAAAAUGAUCAGCAAUCUUUAAAAAGGUUUAGAACUGAAGAAGAUGACGAACGAAUAGAGGAAGAAGAGGAAGAGGAAGAGGACAAUGAUGACCAUGAAAGCUCAGCUACAAAAACUGACCGUCCACUAGCAAAGAAACAAAAAUCUACGACCCAGAAGAAUUCUAAAUAG